AUGGUUGUCAAAGUGACUUCAAACACUGAGAAGAAGUUCAAAGCUGUAGUGACCGUGCCAGCCCUAGGUAUUCGUUCGCAGCCAAUGAUUUUCAGAGGAAAAUCCACCAAAAAGAUCAAGGUGGACGGUGAAGAUUGUGGAGCAAAGCCUUGGAUUAUUCGCACAUAUCAAUGGAAGGACGGCCAUUGGAAAGCUGCUAGAAAUAUGACUGCUAAGUUAGCAGGGGACGGUUUUAUAAGAUUCAAAGUCGGAGACGAUCUCAUGCCACAUGCUGGUGACAGGCUUGGCAUAAUGUGCUCAGAAGGAAGUCUCAUUGAACUGUCAACGAACGUCCCAGAGUCUGUCCAGGUUCUUUCGGAUAUGGGGAAGGUCGGAUCUUGGCGAUCGUCAGCAGGACGAGAUAACGUCAGCUCUCUGGAAGAUAGUGACGAAGACGAUGACGAUGAUAUCGCAGCGGCUUUCCAAGAUCGCAAAUCUAGACCGCAUUCGACCAGGCAAUGUGCAUCUGGAAGAGAUCGCGCUGGCACAGAUCGUCAUAUGAAUGGUGGUAGCUGCACUAUCACUGGCUGUGGGAGUGGUUGCGGAAUGGGACUCUAUAAUGUACAGCGAUGCGGUUUGAAACAGACAAAUUCGUGCUUCUCAUGUCCACCUAAAUUGUUCUUUCCCAUAACUCCUCAAGCUCGUUAUGUAGGCGAAAGAGUCAUUGAGGUAUUUACUGCAAAUGCUACAGGUCGAGUCGAGCUGCAUCAUAUUAUGCAUCCUAGUAUGCCGUGUCAUUCAUCCUAUGAAGUGGAAUGUAUAGAUCUGACCGAUGGAUAUUCAAAACAUCGACUCACUGCCAGGGAUGUUGUGGAAAGGACGCCGUUCUCGGUCUAUGGUACAUUUGAUGGUCGUGUUAGCAUUGUAAAAUCUUCAUGUACAGCGGUAUCGGGUAGAUAUGAGCUAAGUGUGCAAGAGGUAUGGAGAGCAAGUGAUCCUGUUUUGACGGUGAAAUCAAAUCAGCUUGAUAAUGGACUGCUAGCCGUUACAAGUUUUCAAUCUGUUCCUGCAACUAGCUCCGCGUUCGUUCUAGACUUAGUGAGUCAGAAUGGAAUCUCGCAACAUCCUCGCACUGUAUUCAACGCUGUUGGUGGUACAAAUAUCCUGGAUGUAUGUUGGUUGUGGGAUCAUCCCGCUAGGCUGUUGCUUUCCACUGCGGAUAGCAUCCGAUUGUUCGAUAUUCGGUGUCCAAGUCGGUCUGAUCAAGCUCUCUUUCUGGAUCACGGUAUAACUCAUAUGGCUAGUAAUAAAUACAGAACUCAUGUAUUUGCGGGUUUUAACGGUGACGAAGUGCAAAUAUACGAUAGUAGGCGACUAUUUGGCCCAAUCCAACGAAUACAGAUAUCAUUAGACGUUGAGAAUAGCUUAUCAUCUAUGAAAUGGAACCCUUAUGUGCCAAAUGAGCUCCUUCUUCACAUUCACGCUUCUGACAAGAUUUUGAGAUGCAACAUAGAUGAAUUGUUCUCUGAUCCUUUCCGAAGGAUAGCCUGUACCAGUUUUUCGUCUGAAGAGAUCUUUUCCAUAGAGGAACUUUGGGAGAAGCCUAUCUCUUCUGAGCUCAUGAAAGCAAGAAUGAACAUGUACAAAAAUGUUAGAAGCGCAUAUUCGAUUCUUUCAUACGGGAAGCUAUACGAUAAGUGUAUGGAGAACGCCGGUACAACUAUGCCGCUGUGUUGGUGUACACCACUUCCGGAAGGAGCAAAACUUACAGAAAAUAAUAAAAUGGAUGGAGUGGUUCCGAGGCGAAGACACAGGAGCGAACGACAUUCAGGGGAUGGACAGGAUUUUCUUCUUUGUCGAUCUCAUUCGGAAACGUGCCUGGAGAGCCGAGUCCAGACUCCGAAUCCGGUAUUAGCAAAGCAUCGGCGUCGGAAACGACAUUUGAAAGACAUCUCUAUACAGUCUAUGGAAGGGGUUCGCGCAGAAAGUACUUGUGGGUGGUCUAUUUCUUCCUCAGCCCUGGUCGAACCGGCACAGUCUUGCAAUGCAGAUAACGAACAUAUACUUGAAUUGGAGGAAAGACUAGGGUCAUCUGCCUUACGGGACGCUUAUGAGGAUCACACUCCCACCGUUGCCAACUGCGAUGGCCAUCGGCAAACCUCGCAAAUUACGACUUAUAUUUCCAAUAAUUCUGAAGAUGGGCACGGCACGCAGUCGAUGAAGCUGAACUUCUUGCUCAGCCGACUAGAUCUGAAUGGCAGGCAAGGAGGGGAUUUGCUUGAAGUGCAGAAGAUUGCUGAUGUUGCUUUGAAAGAUGAGGUAAGCGGUGAAUCCAAAGCAGAGUUUCCCGCAUCCAAUUUGAAUAUCAGGAAGAAAUUAAUGACGAACAAUAAGGCUGAUAGUGGCCAUGAAAUCAAGCUCCACUACAGAAUAUAUUCUUUCGACUUUGCUCCUGUAGGAUAUAGUGGACUAUUAUGCCUAAUAGCGCAGCAGAACCGAGCAAGAUUUGAAUUUGUUCCAUUCAAGGCCCCUGAUGAGGCGUUUGCAGUGAGACCCGAGUUCAGCGACGUGUUGAAGGAAACACGAGUGUGGGAAUCUUUUGACUCUGUCCCUUAUCAUCUUUACAAAAUAAUGAAUCUGCGCCUGUGCAAUGGUAUGGAUAAAAUUGACAUCGAGAGGCCUUUGAUAUCCAUUCUGCAGGGGCUGGCGGAGCAAAUUCCAUGCCGAUGGAUGCAAUGGUUGCUGAGCGCUGCUCGAAAACAACAAUCUUAUAUAGAAAAUCGCGACGGUGGUGAAGCUAGUAGCGUUUCUUCCGACGCCGACGAUCUUUCGGAUAAUGACAGGAACUCAGGCAUAGAGUUUGAGCAGAUCUGCUCUACAUCAUUAGAUGUAAAAGGCUUGCCUGGUCUUCUUCAGUUGAGCACUUUGGAAACCGAGUCUGACCUGAGCUGGCAUGAUUGUGAUUCAACUCAUUUUACAUUUGUCAAGAUUGCCCGAUCACGCGUGCGACGAAUGUUAUUAGAUUCCUUAUGUUUGCCUGUCAGCGAAGAUCGUAUAGUAUCGGACGAUAAAUUCGCAGCAAGCACAGACAUUCUACAACAAUUGCCUGUUCUUUUUCUGUGCCUCAUCAAUGGCGAUACAAUACGGUUCAUCGAGUACACAUUAUAUCUUCGUCGCAAACUAGGGAAACCAGUAGCCGAUGAUUGCUCAUUUUUGAGUUCUUUCCACUUUUUCACCACAGUCGUCUCGAGAUACGUGAAACAGUUCUCUGUUGCUGAGAUCAAAACGUCUCCAAAGUAUGUAGCCAGACGAUUGCGUUUAGUGGACAAAAUCCACGCUUUUGUGAAAAAGCACUCAGGAUCUUCAUCUAUCAAUCCUUAUAUCAUUCCAAUGCUUCUGAUUAUCCUUGGGGAGUUGACUUCAACGCAUCCGGAAGAAUUCACAAAAAUUGUUCUCGAAGACGAGAAAUUACCUCUUGCUCUGCGAUUAACUUGGUGUGUGAAUCUUCUACCAACUCUGAAGAUGAAAGAUGCGUUGUAUCGCCUUUUCCAACAGAGCAGAGGCAUGGAACGUCUACAAUUCGUCGGUCUUGGAAGGCAUCCAGAUUCCCUUCAGGUUCUUUUAGAAUACCUAUAUGUGACAAAGGACUGUCAAGUUUUUUCACACCUCUUGGUGGCUGGUCAGUGCCUUGAAGAGGACGAGCCCGCUCCUGAGAAAAGCAUGACUCUCAGUGUUAGAGAUGGAGUUACCAAAGAAAUGGAUCCAGAAAUGGUUCCAUCGCUGUAUACAAUGUUCCCCAUCACUUAUAUCGGUGCCGCUGACCACAUGCCUAAACUCUUACAUCUUGCUCGUGCCGAACUCUGUAGGUAUUCAUAUAUCUUGCAACGAAUGGAAAAAUACUGUUUUCGCCGGGCAUUGCUGAAUCUAGUUCCGCACAUGUACUGGCCUAACUUCGAAACAUCCGUGGAUAUAUCUUGUACAUUUUGCGGAACAAGUAAUGAAACAGCUGUUUGCAAUGCUGAAUCAGCCGAACAAGUUAGCCAGUCAGUGGAACUUCGAUCAACACCGCAAUCUCUUUAUCUGCAACACCUUCUAACUCGGACACAAGCACGGGUACAUUCACCGAGUCAUCAUUAUCUUACGAUUACAACGGUGUUGAUGGAGGAACUGAAGCCGAGAUCAAGAGACCACCAGACAGCGCCUGUCCGAAGUGUCGAAAAUCAUAUCCUCGUUGCUCGCUUUGUGGCCUAUCGUACGGGACGCCAGUAAAUGACUACGAUCAUCCAGCUAAAACGUUUGCGAUGAUGUUUUCUACAUGUUUGAUGUGCAGCCACGGAGGUCAUUCGAAGCAUGUUAUAUCAUGGUUUGAAAAAGAAGACUUUUGUCCUGUUUUAGGAUGCGAAUGCAGGUGCCUUCAUCUUGACUUUGGAACCGGAGAAAGGACGGUGUAGAUAGUUUCUUCUGUUUCAUUGUUGGCCAAACAUAUCUUGGUGUCAUUAAUCAGUACCUCUACUACGUGGUGUAAAUUUGCUCAAACUUGUGCAAGAUUUGUGUCUUCCGCAUAUGUCAGAUUUGCCUUCUCUUUGCCAUCGUUUUAACUUGAUCUCUUUAGAUCAGUGUUUUUCUGAAAUACUCUGGAACUCUCUUUACUUAUCUGCUCUUGGGUCCAUGACAGAAGAAGAGGUUGUAUAUUUAUUUUUUCUCUAGGCACUGCAGAUUUGUGCACAUAUGCAAAUUGGGAGUGAACUAUCCUGUCAGAAGUUGGCAGCCUAGCACUUCUACUUAUUACUAUCAGAUUGUGAAAUAAAAGUUUAUUAAGAAUC